AUGGCAUCUUCACAAAACCAAAACUCAAACUUUCAAGAUUUCUUGCCUCUUAUGGCCAAUAAGAUAGGUGGUGAUGGUCUUAUUGGAGAACUAUGCAACGGUUUCAAUCUUUUGAUGGAUAGUGAAAAGGGUGUGAUCACUUUUGAUAGUCUUAAAAAGAACUCGGCUUUAUUGGGUUUGCAAGAUUUGAGUGAUGAUGAUUUAAGGUCUAUGUUAAAAGAAGGUGAUUUUGAUGGCGAUGGAGCACUUAAUCAGAUGGAGUUUUGUGUUUUGAUGUUCAGAUUGAGUCCAGAGUUGAUGGAAGAGUCUCAGUUUUUGUUAGAGGAAGCUCUUUUACAGGAGUUCAAAGAUUAUUGUUAA